CUUGUUCACGUACUAACUCACCCCACCAAGACCGAAUCUUGGCAUUUUUGGAGCUGUUCUUGUUCGUCGUCUUCUGGGUUUUGCUUUAAAUUACUUUUCUUUUGGUGGGUUUUCGUUGUUAAUUGAAUAUUCUACUAGCCAUGGCCUCAAGGGCUUGGAGGAGAUUAUACAGGGACUUUUCGCAGAAAAAGCUGUUUUCCAGUCCUCUUGGAAGCUACAGGCAUUGCUCUUCUUCCCCACAAACUGCUCCUAAAAUCCCUCAUUUUUCCAAGAAAGGGAGGUUACUGACGGGAGCCACAAUAGGACUAGCUAUAGCUGGAGGAGCUUACGUUAGUACUGUGGAUGAAGCAACUUUCUGUGGCUGGCUAUUUUCUGGUACAAAACUGGUGAAUCCUUUCUUUGCCCUGUUGGAUCCAGAGUUUGCUCACACGCUAGCCGUCUCAGCCGCAGCGCGUGGUUGGGUUCCAAGGGAGAAGAGGCCCGAUCCACCUAUUUUAGGUUUAGAAGUUUGGGGAAGGAAGUUUUCUAACCCCAUAGGUCUUGCUGCUGGGUUUGAUAAAAAUGCUGAGGCUGUUGAUGGCUUGCUUAGUUUAGGAUUUGGCUUUGUAGAGGUCGGUUCUGUAACUCCCGUUCCACAGGAGGGUAAUCCCAAACCUCGUAUCUUCAGAUUGCGGCAGGAAGGUGCUAUCAUCAAUCGAUGUGGCUUCAAUAGUGAAGGAAUUGUUGUUGUUGCAAAGCGGUUAGGUGCCCAACAUGGUAAGAGGAAGUUGGACGAAUCUUCAAGUGCUUCGCCUUCCCCUAACGAUGAAGUCAAACAUGGAGGCAAGGCUGGACCUGGAAUUUUGGGGGUGAAUCUUGGAAAAAAUAAGACAAGUGAAGAUGCUGCCGCAGAUUAUGUUCAAGGAGUACAUACGUUAUCCCAGUAUGCUGAUUACUUGGUGAUUAAUGUUUCAUCACCCAACACUCCAGGAUUACGUAUGCUCCAAGGAAGAAAGCAGCUGAAGGAUCUCGUGAAGAAGAUCCAAGCGGCUCGUGACGAAAUGCAGUGGGGUGAAGAGGGCCCACCUCCGUUGCUUGUGAAAAUCGCUCCAGACUUGUCUAAAGAAGACCUUGAAGAUAUUGCAGCUGUUGCCCUAGCCCUUCGCUUGGAUGGAUUGAUUAUAUCCAAUACGACAGUUUCAAGACCAGAACCAGUGGAAAAAAAUCCAGUGGCUGCAGAAUCUGGUGGGUUAAGUGGGAAGCCACUAUUCAGUAUGUCCACCAAUCUAUUGAAGGACAUGUACAUUUUGACAAGGGGAAAAAUUCCUCUAAUAGGUUGCGGGGGCGUCAGCAGUGGUGAGGAUGCAUAUAAAAAAAUAAGAGCUGGAGCAACUCUUGUUCAGCUAUAUACUGCAUUUGCCUAUGGGGGACCUGCUCUCAUUCCCCAGAUCAAGGCCGAAUUGGCAGAAUGCUUGGAAAGGGAUGGCUUCAAGUCCAUCGUUGAAGCAGUUGGGGCAGAUUGCAGAUAACCCGGGAUCUCAGGGCAAAAUAUGAUUCCUUUCAAGAUACAAGAGUUUGUACUAGUGUUAUAUGCUGAGCAAUAAUCUCGAAUUCCUUAAUGGUGUAACUUUUGUGUUAUGGGUCUUCAUUUCUCAUCUUUUUUCAACAAUGGGUCUUCAUUUUUCCUUUUUAAACUCGAUUCUUUUGAGAGAAUUCACCUUCAAUUUUGGCGUGGAUGAUGUUGGUGGAGAUUUUAGAUGCUUUUUGACUUGUAAAAUGUGUCAAAUUUUGUAAGCAUUUGUUCCCCAACUUUCCAUGAAGUUAUCACACUAGGAAAUAAAAUAUCAGAUUGGGCCA